AUGGACACCGACGAAGAACAUUCAAAGACAAUCAACGAGGAGUACAAAACAUGGAAGAAACACGCGCCAUUAUUAUAUGAUUUAGUCUUAUCGCAUACAUUGGAAUGGCCUACACUCACAUGCCAGUGGUUCCCUGAUGUCGAAUCCAGCCCCGAUAAAUCCUACACGACACACAGACUUCUUAUCGGUACAAAUACCUCAAAUAUCGAGCAGAACCUCCUUCACAUUGCACACAUCAAACUCCCAAAGCAAUCCAACGAUUUAGAUCCUGCCAAGUUUGAAGAAGACAAGGGCGAAAUUGGCAGUUAUAGCGCGUCGAAUAAGCUUGAGAUUGUACAGUCCAUCAACCACGAUGGUGAAGUUAAUAGGGCGCGUUACAAUCCUUUCAAUCCUGAUCUUAUAGCGACGCGCACCGUGAUGGGUCCGAUUUACGUUUUCGAUCGCACCAGACACGAGCUCAAACCGAAGCCAGACGGUGUUUGCAACCCACAAAUAGUCCUCCGCGGCCAUGAAGGGGAGGGAUAUGGUAUGGAAUGGUCGCCUCUCAAACCCAACCACAUUCUCUCCGCUUCCACCGAUACCACUGUCCGCCAUUGGGACAUAUCGCACUACCAAUCAGCGAGCAACAUUCUCGAUCCACUCAACACGUACCGCGGACACACUGCAGCUGUGGAAGACAUAUCGUGGCACGCAUCUCACGAGAAUGUAUUCGCAUCCGUCUCCGAUGACCAGCAUCUCUUCACUUGGGACACCCGCGAUGCCACUCAGCCACACCAGAAAGUUAAAGCUCACGAUGCAGAUAUAAACUGCGUCGCCUUCUCCCCAUCACAGCCUUUCCUCUGUGUGACUGGAUCCGCAGACAAGACCAUUGCUCUGUGGGAUCUGAGAAAUCUCAGCAAACGCCUACACACUAUUGAAGGACAUAGUGAGGAUGUGCUCAACCUCGAGUGGUCGCCGCACGCAGAGACGGUAUUUGCAUCUGCGUCGAAUGACAGAAGGGUGUGUAUGUGGGAUAUCAGCCGCAUUGGCGAGGAGCAGACACCGGAGGAUGCCGAAGACGGUCCUCCAGAACUCAUGUUUAUGCAUGGGGGCCACACUAACGCUAUCACGGACAUAGCUUGGUCGAAAACUCUGCCGUUCACGCUGAUGAGUGGGAGUGAGGAUAACAUUGUCCAGCUCUGGUCUCCGUCGUCGCACCUAUACGCUGCAGAAGAAGUCCCGAUCGAGAUUGAUGAGCUGGAGUAA